AUGACAUAUCUAACGUUUGUUUUGUACCUGACAUGUUUGUUCUUGUGGGGAAAGGGUGAGUUGUCACAGGAGACACAUCAGUCCUCAUCUGUUCAUCGAGAGAGUGGCUUCAAAUCAGUAAAUGUUGGUGAAAGUACAAUUUUGCGAUGUUUCUCCGGAAGAGUGUCAGAAUGGCUGUACUGGUAUAAGCAAACUCUGGGACAGAACCCAAAGCUCAUUUCUUCCUUCAACAUCUAUGAUAAAAAUGGGACAUUUUAUGGUGAAUUUGAAAACAACCCCCGCUUCACACUGAAAACUGAAAAUCGUAAUAGCCACUUAAGUAUUUCAGAUUUGCGUAUUUCAGACUCAGCUACUUAUUACUGUGCAAGUAGAGCUUCCACCACUGUUGAAUUUGCAGAAGGCGUUACAGUCAGUGUAAAAGGUUCAGGUUUGAAUGUUAACACUUCAGUUCAUCAGUCUUCAUCUGAAACCGUCCAGCUAGGAGACUCUGUGACUCUGAACUGUACAGUACACACUGGGACUUGUGAUGGAGAACACAGAGUUUACUGGUUCAAAGUCUCUGAAGAAUCUCAUCCAGGACAUUUAGAUGGAAAUGAUCAGUGUGAGAGGAAAAAUAACACAAAAACACACACCUGUGUCUACAACCUGCCAAUGGAGAACCUGACUCUGUCUCAUAAUGGGAUCUACUACUGUGCUGUUGCCUCAUGUGGACACAUACUGUUUGGAAAUGGGACCAAGCUGGAGUUGAAGAAUGAGGAGGUUUCUCUUGUCUUGGUGUAUUUCUUGAGUGGUGCUUUGGCGUUCACCACUAUCCUGACACUUUCACUGGCUGCCUUACUGUACACACAGAAGAGAAAAGGCCAGCAAGUUACAGAAUCUCAUGAAAGAUUUUCUGCUUCAAACCCAAUGACCUCAGAGAGUUUCCAGGCUGAAGAAAACCUCCAUUACGCUGCUUUAAGGGUAAAGAAGGCCAAUCGAUCCAGAAGUCGAAGAGAUGACACAGAGGAUAAAUGUAUCUACUCUGGUGUUAGGAAAUAAAACCUAUCAUGUUCUAGCUUUGUCUCUCUAUAGCAGGAUAUGAGUAGUUCUGUAAAUAAUGAUUAUAAACUUAAC